AUUUUCUCUGCCUAACUUUACUGUAAGGAUUGCGUACCUGGAAACUAUUUCUCAAAGAAGAGGAAAAAUUGCAUGUUAAUAUCUUCUGCAUGAAUUCUACAGAGAUCAUACAGAUGUGGAGCCAUUUUAUCAGCAAAACUCAACAAUGGCAUCAUCCAAUAAUAGCCGCAGACGCAACAGCAUGGAUGAACCUCUCAAUAUGUCUGAUGUUAUUCGUCUCCACGAGGAAUUCAUCGCACUCUAUGAGGAAAAUUACCAUGAACUGCAAGAGUGCAUACGGCAACUGAAUCAUCUUAUUAAUACAUUUGAAAAAGAUUUCAGACGGUGUGUUGAAACAUCUAGAGGUGGAGGAAUAGUGGGGAUUCUUGGAGGGGUGACCACCAUUGCAGGAUUAGCUUUAGCUCCAUUUACUCUGGGUGCUUCUGUUGCUGUCGUAGGUGUAGGGUCAGUAAUGGCCUUAGGUGGUGGAGUUGGUAGUGGAAUCUUAAACUUCAUGAAAAUGAACCAGCAGAAGAAAUUAAUAGAAAACGUUGAAAAUGAACUUAAGAAAUUUCAGAACAAAAUCACCCCUAUGACUGACAUUCUGAAUGUCAUUUGUGAACACAUGAAUGAAAUACUAAAACACAUUAAUAAGCCAGAGGAAGAUUUCUGUGGUUUUAUUAAAUGUGCUGCCGGUGCCAGUGAAGUAUUACGCAUCUUACGGAUAGAUGACAUUGGUGAAGUGGCUGCACAGGCGUCUAAAACUGUGCGUCUGACUACAACCCUUACAGGAGUUUUUGCUGGGAUUGGCCUUGUGCUCGACAUUCUCUCAGUUAUUGAAGAUAACAAGACACUCAAUGACAUGGACAAACUAGCAGGAAAUCGCCAAAUAAGAGAAAGUGAGCUUGAGUCAAAAGCCGGGAAAUUCAUUGUUGAAAUGAGGAAAGUCAUUAAUCAGCAAAAGGAGAUCAUGGAUGAACUUAAGAAAACAAAAGGCAAAUUGCAAGCAAGACUGCUCUAAUUAGGACUGCUGCUGCUUCUUCUCCAAGAUGAAUCACAAUUUUGAGGGUGGGUUCAGGGUAGAGACCUGCGUGGGGCGGAUUUUUCUGUCGCGCCCCCUGCUUCCGUGGAAAUAUAUGUUAUCUCGUCCCGUUCCCGCCCGCAACAUUCAUGUUUUGUGCUGCUCCCGCCCGCAAAAGUCAGCAUAAAAGUAACCUAUAUAGAUUUUUUUCAGUACAUCAGUUGAAUUCACAUGAAACAGUUCUGUAAAAUCUCGUAAGUUCCACAAGACCCCAGCAUAAACUCUCCCGAUAGAAUAUUUGUUAUUUAGGCUAAGCAUCAACACUCACAAACCACUGUUAUUCUUAACUGAAAAGCAAGCAUGAGCUGCUGCGUGCAUCCAUGGCAGAAUGCAAACAAACAAAGCUCCUUUAAAGCUGACAUCUCAGCUCAUACGUGAUCUCAUAAAGCUCUUAUGCACAGUAAACACUUCAUCCACACUUUGUGUGUUGUAAUUCGUGAGCACGCAAUAUUCAGCACUGUGCCAUACUUUUUGAGCAGUGAGUUGAUUCUAACUUAAACACCUCUGAUUGGCCGAUGCAUUUCAGAAAUCAACAGAUGGCUACAUUGCUCACGCGCAAACACCGCCGAUUCUUGCGCUUACUAAUCAUAUUUAUGUUAUACUAGUUGUUCUUGCUGCUUUUGUGCAAUAGAUGAAUAACAAUUUUUUGUUUUUAGAUAUUUUAUGUUGAAAUAUUUCUAUUCUGCGGGAGUCCCGCGAAUCAUUUUAUUUUCCCGCAUCCCGCACACACACCAGUCUCUACAUGCCCGCACCUGCAUUCGCCCAUCAAGUUUUGUCCAAUGCCGCACUCUGUUGCGUCAGGUCCCACGGGAGUGCAGGUCUCUAGUUCGGGGGAAUUCAUAAAUUAAGUGUGUACCCACUUCUCCAGGCACCACUACACCACUGGUCAAAAGUCCAUGAAACUUUGCACUUUCAAUGAAGUGCCCCUCCUGCUAUGUUUCAUGUGCUGUUACGUCUCGUAUUGUUCUGGGAGGGAUGUGCUCCAUUUUCUCUCUCUUGCUUCACAAUCUUAUCUGGUCCUGUGAUUGGACGAUGUUCCUGUCAGUCAGACAGGAACAUAGACACAUAGACUUAAUGACUGACAGAAACAUCGUCCAGUCACAACCUUGAGGACCGGAUAUGACACAAGUGUGGGAAGAGUGUUUGCUUACAGCAAAUGUAUCUUACAGCAUGAAGGGACGUUGUUUAAGCACAGUAGGUUAUAAACAGGUGCCGACUUAUGUUUUUAUGUUUAUUAGUCAGUGUAGUUAGUGGCAUUCUAUGCUAAAGAUGUUAUUUUUCUUGGUUUCUUUUGUUUAGCUUGGAUUUUGAUUGGUGUGUUUAUGUUUUAUUGCUUUCUUUUCUUUAGCACUGCUCUUGUCCCUCAAUUUGUUGUCUUUAAUCUUUUACAUUUGUAUAUAAUU